AUGACUACCCGGACCGUAGUGACCUUGGGCGGAAAGACAUACAACAGGUCGGACACGCUUGCCCGUGCCGUCAAGGAUAUUCUGUUCAAUCUCAAUGCGAAGCUGAAGCAAGAGGAAGAGAACCUCGUCCUCGAUCUGCUGAGGCAGGGACACGCCAAGGCCGAUGAGAAGAUCGGAAGCGGAGUGAAGCACAUCAAGGUGGGAUCCCACCCCGAGUACCCCGAGUCCCGCUGCUUCCACGUCGUGCGCACCGACGACACCACCGCCGACUUCUCCUACCGCAAGUGCGUGGAGACGCUAUUCGGUGUCGAGAAAUCGAAGAAGAAGGGACUCGAGUUCACGCCGGGUCUGCUGUUGUGGUUCGACGUGGAGGACUCGCGCGAUGAGGCCUCGAAGAAGCGAAAGCGCGAUGAUACCGUGAAGACGGAGAAGAAGGAGGGAGAGGGCGAGGAGGAGGAGGCGGACACGGUCGAGGAGCUCAACGCCGAUGGCGAGAGCGUGGCCAAGAAGCAGAAGACCAAGGACGGCGCCGCCAACCGCCCCGUCGCCCCGGAGCUCAAGAUCAAGCAGUACUUCCGCCAGUUCGGCGACGUCGGCUACGUCGAGCUGGCCGAGAAGCACUGCUCUGUCCGCUUCAAGGACGAGGCGGCGGUGGAGAAGGCCGGGGCGGCGGUGAAGGACGGGCUGCAGCUUCCGGAGCUGCCGGGCUUGAAGCUGCUCAAGCCGACGCUGCUGUCGGGCCAGGCCGAGGAGGACUACUACCGCAAGAUCCAGGCCGACCGCAAGGAGAGCAACCGCCGCGCCGACGAGGAGCAGCGCGCCAGGCGGGCCAACGGCGGGCGCCGAGGCCGAGGCGGGCGCGGUGGUCGGGGUGGCCGCGGAGGCCGUGGCGGUCGAGGCGGCCGUGACCGAGUGAAGCAGGAGUGA